AGCACAUGGCAGUAGAGAGUCCCUCCUGUCAUAUUAAACCAGUAUAAACUUGACAAUGGCUGUUCCUCAGGCCCACCACCUCUUCCACCUUCCGAUCGCCGACCAUUCCUUUUCCUCGGAUAAGCAAACACUUGUUGUUGCCAAGGAUAAUAAUGUUGCACUUUACCAGGCAUCAGGCAACAAGUUUGUGCUGAAUGACGAACUACAUGGCCAUGACAAGACAGUGACAAGUGUGGAUAUUGCACCAAAGAGUGGCCGUAUUGUGACUUGCUCUCAAGAUCGUAACGCCUACGUCUGGGAACAGACUGCCAGCGGCUGGAAGCCAACCCUGGUCCUCCUCCGGAUAAACCGUGCUGCCACUUUUGUGCGCUGGUCCCCAUCGGAAGAAAAGUUCGCUGUCGGCUCGGGGGCUCGCGUCAUUGCCGUUUGCUACUUUGAGGAGGAAAACGACUGGUGGAUUUCCAAACACUUGAAAAAGCCGAUUCGGAGUACCAUCACCACUCUUGCCUGGCAUCCCAACUCGGUUCUGCUUGCUGCCGGCUCUACGGAUUCCCAUGCUAGGGUCUUUUCGAGCUUCAUUAAAGGAGUCGACACCCGUCCCGAGCCGAGUGCAUGGGGUGAACGUCUCCCCUUCAAUACUGUGUGUGGUGAAUUCUUGAAUGACUCUGCCGGCUGGAUCCAUAGUGUGGCUUUCUCACCAAGUGGAAAUGCGCUUGCUUUCACGGCCCACGACAGCAGUGUCACUGUAGUCUACCCCAGUGCCCCUGAGCAGCCUCCAAGAGCAAUGCUCAAUAUUUCCACCCGUCUUCUCCCGCUUACCUGCCUGAUCUGGAACGGCGAAACUGAGAUUAUCGCGGCCGGUCAUGACUGUGAACCUUAUCGCUUCACUGGAGACGAGAACGGAUGGCAACUCUCUGGUCCUAUUGAAAGCAAGAGAGGUGCUGCAGCCGGGAAUGUCCGCGAGGAAUCUGCCCUCAACAUGUUCCGUCAGAUGGAUCUCAAGGGACAGGCCCAGGCCGAUACCCAGCUCAAGACGACUCACCAGAAUACUAUCAACACGAUUCGCGUUUAUGAAGAGUCAGACGGUCAUGUCAAAAAGUUCAGCACGAGCGGAGUCGACGGACGUGUUGUCGUUUGGUCGAUUUAGCCUGUUACUACCCAUAUCACCAAUGGCUCGCACCAAUUUGAAGCUGCUUAGUUAGUACAGGUUUCUGUGUACAUUUUAGUCUUAGUAUAGUAGAUAGUAACUAGACCAGGGUGAUAACAAUAUUAUUAUUUAAAUUCCA